UCACGCACACCAACAGAAACACAGAAGAAGAAACACGGAAGUCCAUUUCAAUGCGAAAAUAAACAUUCAAGCGGGUUCAAGCGUGCAGGGUUUUCUGCGUCCACCAUGCCAUAUCUGGGCAGUGAGGACACGGUGAGGGACCUGAGGAGAGCUUUGGCCAACCCCCAUGUCCAGUCUGACCAGCUGCGUUAUAGGAACGUCAUUCUUAAAGUCAUCAGGCUGAUGUCGCAGGGUUUGGAUGUCUCCAGCCUGUUCAGUGAGAUGGUGAAAGCAUGUGCCACAGUAGACAUUGUCCAGAAGAAGCUGGUCUAUGUCUUCUUGUGCUCCUAUGCCUCUUUGAAUCCAGAGCUGUCUCUGCUGGUCAUCAACACAUUGAGGAAGGACUGUCAGGACUCAAACCCGAUGGUCCGCAGCCUGGCCCUCAGGAACAUGACCAACCUGAGAUUGCCCGGUUUGAUGGAGUAUGUGGAACAGCCUCUCACAGCUGGACUGAAGGACAGAGCAGCUUGUGUGCGACGGGUCGCUGUGCUUGGCUGGGCCAAACUGCACAAUCUCCAUCCAAAUUCUGAAAUAGAUGCUGUGGUGGUGAAUGAGUUGUACAGUCUUCUCAGGGACACUGAUCCUGUAGUGAUGGUGAACUGCCUUCGAGCUUUGGAGGAGAUACUGAAAGAGGAAGGAGGGGUUGCUAUCAACAAACCCAUUGCUCAUCACCUCCUCAACAGGCUGAAGGAUUGUGACGUGUGGGGUCAGAGCGAGGUGCUUAAGAUCCUCCAGCGCUACCAACCUCAGUCUGAGGAUGAGCUCUUUGACAUCCUCUCCAUGCUGGACAGCUCCUUGGUCAGUCCCCACCCCACCGUCAUGGCAUCCACUCUCAGCCUCUUCCUCAGCCUGUGCUGGGCCUUGCCCGCAGUCAGCCUGGCUGCCCUGGAACGAGUACGGGUUCCCCUGCUUGCCGCAUGUGGGAGUGCCUCCAGAGAAAUCAGGUUCACUGUCCUCUGCCACAUCCAGUUGCUGUUGCGGUCCGUCCCUGGCCUGAUGGGGGCACACUACAAACGUUUCUUCUGUGGCUAUGCUGAACCAGCCUAUAUCAAGCAGAGGAAGAUGCAGGUGCUGGUCGAACUGGUAAAUGAUGACAACGUCGCCCUCUUGCUGGAUGAACUGAAAGACUACUGCACUGAUGUCAAUACAGACACUGCCCAGGCUGCAAUAUCAGCUGUCGGUCGUAUCGGGCGGAGCUACAGCGACAGAUGUCUAGGGAUUCUCAUUGGACUGCUCGGGCUUAAACAAGAGAACAUCACUUCUGCUGUGGUGCAGACAAUGAGGGAUCUAGUCUGGGUGUGUCCUCAGUGCAGUGAAACUGUGUGCUCUGCUCUGGAAGGGUGUGAGGAGAUACUGCAGGACAGCCAGGGCAAGCAGGCCUUGCUCUGGUUGUUGGGAACAUAUGGUGAUCGAGUCUCCAGCGCCCCCUACACGUUGGAGGUGUUCAUUGACAAAGUGAGGUGUGAGACAUCUUCGCCAGUCAAGAUGGAGCUACUGACCGCCACCUUGAGGCUGUUUUUGUGCCGUCCCGCUGAGACUCAGGACAUGCUUGGAAGGCUGCUGCAUUACGCCAUAGAUGAAGAGACAGACAUGUGUGUACGUGAUCAGGCACUGCUCUAUUACCGCCUUUUGCAAAGUGGGAUUGACGAGACUCGCAAGGUGCUCCAGGGUCGGAGGUCAGACCCCUCCCUCGGUGUUCUUAUUGGCCUUCCCGCAGAGCCUGUAAAACACUGGGCUCGCGUCUUCAACACACUGAAGCCACUCUGGCAGAGCUUCUCAGAGACUGAAUCAGUCAGAGGCAGAAGCUGUCAAGACACAGCAUUUGAGCCCAACUCUGACCUCUCAGACACCCUUACCUCAUGUCAGCUUGAAAGUGUUCAGACAGAGCGUGGCGGCGAGCGCACACCAUCGCCUGCAGACUCUCUGUCGAGCAGCACCAUUGUCCCUCUCAGCUUGCUUCCGACUUUAACUCCAGGAGAGUUUGAGAAUCUGUGGCUGCGAGGUUUUGAGCAAGCUGGGGAGGAAGAGGAUGGUUUUUGUAUGACAGAACAAGUCCAGUGUGGUAAUGUCACCCAGCCUUCGCCACAAAGCUUUCAGGCUGCAAUGCAGCUGGUCAACAUCCAGAUACUAGCCUUUACGCCAUCACACACACUCCCCUGGAGGGUCUACCUGUACACACACACUCAAGCCCCUCCUUGCACAACACUCAUACUGGGAGAGUUACUUUAUACCGGGAAGCCAACUGAAGAAGGAGGUGCACAGGAUGGCACCAGAGAUGACGAGAAUGCGAAGAAAACAGUGGUGGGUGGACAAACAGAGAAAAAGGUCAAUAAUGAAGAGGAAGAUGCAUCAGGAAUUAGGAACAGCGGUGAGUUGGCAAAGGACAAUGGACAAAGAGCGGAAGUAAAAGUGACUCUAAAGCAGCAACCAAGAGAUGACAAAGCUCUGAGGGGUUUCCUCUCUGUACUCAUCACUGUACUGCAUACGCUGUCUUCACAGAGGGAAUGAAUGUGCAUCACUCAAAGGCAACACAGUGGAUGAGAGGUUGACGCAACACCAAGGUUGUGAGAGUGUUUUCUGAGCGUAUUUUGCGUGUUCUUGCUGUGCUUGUGCGGGUUCUCUCCAGCGGCCGUAUCUUAAUGCAAAAACAUUUACUGUACAUAAAGUUCACUGAAAACUUACAGGUAAAGCCGUAGAUAGUUAUCUGUCCUGUGA